AUGUUCAGGUGCUGCAGAGAAUUAGCCCUUGAUACCUGCAGGGAUGUUCAGCGGCGUUCCCCGGUGUCGGCGUCCUCGGCUGGGCGCGUGACGGCAGCAGCGUUCCCCGGUGUCGGCGUCCUCGGCUGGGCGCGUGACGGCAGCGGCGUUCCCCGGUGUCGGCGUCCUCGGCAGGGGCGCGUCCUCGGCAGGGGCUCGUCGGUGGCGACCAGGGGCGCCCUGGCGGCGUCGGUGGCGGGCAGGGCGGCGUCGGUGGCGGGCAGGGGCACCUUCGGCUGGGCGCGUGACGGCAGCGGCCCUCGCUGGUGUCCGCGACCUCGGCAGGAGCGCGUCCUCGGCAGGGGCUCGUCGGUGGCGACCAGGGGCGCCCUGGCGGCGUCGGUGGCGGGCAGGACGGCGACGGUGGCGGGCAGGGGUCCUGGCCGCGGCGCUGGCGGGCAGGAGCGCCCUGGCGGCGUCUUUGGCGCCCUGGCGGGCAGGGCGGCGUCGGUGGCGGGCAGGGGCACCUUCGGCUGGGCGCGUGACGGCAGCGGCCCUCGCUGGUGUCCGCGUCCUCGGCAAGGGCGCGUCCUCGGCAGGGGCUCGCUGGUGUCGGGCAGGGGCGCCCUGGCGGCGUCGGUGGCGGGCAGGGCGGCGACGGUGGUGGGCAGGGAUCCUGGCCGCGGCGCUGGCGGGCAGGAGCGACCUGGCGGCGGCGUUGAGCGACCUCGUGCGGCGCGUGGGAGGGGCGCGUGGGAGGGAGCCGGGGCAGCGGACAGUCGCGACCUCGUGCGGCGUGUGGGAGGGAGUCGAGGCAGCGGACAGUCGCGACCUCGUUCCGGCGCGCGGAGGGGUGAGUGAUGAGUUUGAUCUGAGCGUUCCUGGCCGCAAGAUGAUAUUUAGAGUUAAUCUCCCCCCUUAAUUUUGUAAAUUAGACAUCACUGUGUGCAAUUAGGUGGGUGUACUUAGAUUA